GGCUCGAGACGCAUAGCCCAGCCAUGUCAAUCAAACUGCGGGAGCUCAUACGAAGCAUCCGUGCAGCCAAGACUGCAGCGGAGGAGCGUGCAGUCAUUGCACGGGAAUGUGCUUUGAUCCGGACAGCGUUCAAGGAGGAUGACAAUCAAUUUCGACAUCGAAAUGUCGCAAAGCUGCUGUUCAUCCACAUGAUGGGCUAUCCGACCCACUUCGGGCAAAUGGAAUGCUUGAAAUUAAUUGCAUCCAGCAAGUUCGCCGAGAAGCGUGUAGGCUAUCUUGGCUUGACGCAGCUCCUAGAUGAGAACACAGAUGUCCUGAUGCUUGUGACCAAUUCUGUCAAACAUGACAUGAAUCACGAGAAUCAGUAUGUCAACGGCUUGGCGCUAUGUGCUUUGGGAAAUAUUGGAAGCAAUGAGAUGUGCAGGGCUUUGGCCAGGGAAGUUGAAAACAUGAUGGCAUCGCCAAAUCCUUACUUGCGCAAAAAGGCUGCCCUGUGCGCCAUGCGGAUCGUGCGGAAGGUGGAUGAAAUCGAAGACAAAUUCAACGGAAAGAUUGGAAACUUGCUAGAAGACCGCCACCACGGUGUUCUUUUGGCAGGCUGCUCUUUGCUUACGACCCUUCUUGAGGUGAAUCCGUCAUACAUCAAGGAAUUUCGACGCCACAUUCCAUCGCUAGUCAGGGCCUUGAGAAACAUGGUGACAUCAGGGUACAGCAGCGCAGCAGAGUAUGACAUCGCAGGCAUCACAGACCCAUUCUUGCAGGCAAAGAUUCUGCGGCUCUUACGGAUAUUCGGAGAGCGUAACGUCGAUGCGAGUGAUGAGAUGAAUGAUAUUUUAGCACAAGUGGCGACAAACACCGAGGGUACGAAGAACACUGGCAACUCCAUUCUUUAUGAAUGUGUGCUUACCAUUAUGUCCAUCGAAGCUGAAAGUGGCUUGCGCGUCCUGGGGAUCAACAUUCUGGGGCGCUUUCUCCAAAGUCGGGACAACAAUAUUCGAUAUGUUGCAUUGGCUACCCUUCAGCGUGUCGUGAAUGUUGACCAGCAGGUGAUGCAGAGACAUCGCAACACAAUCAUCGAUUGCCUGAAGGAUGCUGACAUCUCCAUUCGAAAGCGGGCAUUAGAUGUGACAUAUUCAUUGAUUGACGAGACAAACAUCAAGAGUAUGACAAAAGAGCUGCUCAACUACCUCCUCGUUGCCGAAACAGAUUUUAAGGAGGAGCUGUGCAGCAAGUUAUGCAUGGCUGUCGACAAGUUCUCUCCAAACCGGCAAUGGCAGAUUGACACUUUGAUAAAGAUCAUGUGCUUGGGUGGUAGCUACGUCAAGGAGGAGCAGCGCGAGAAGUUCUGCAGAGUCGUGGCCGCAACUCCAGAACUGCAUGCGUACACUGUCACCAAGCUCUAUGCCAACAUGAGGGAGAGCUUGUCCCAGGAAGCUCUUGUCCAUGUGGGUGUUUGGUGCCUGGGUGAGUUUGGAGAUCUCUUGGUUUCUGGUAAUGCAGUGGGGCCAGAUGACCAGCCGAUCUCGGUGAGUUCUGGUGAUGUUCUUGAUCUUCUCUAUGACGUUGUGCGGAAGCCGCCAUCUGCCGAGAAGGCAGCAGCCACACAUUGCCUCGUGGCAGCUGCGUUGAUCAAGCUUGUGACCAGAUGCCCCAGUGAGGCUGAGAAGAUCAAGAAGCUGUUGCGAAGAUUUGACGCAAGUCUUCAUGUAGACUUGCAGCAGCGCUCUUGUGAAUUUCUUGAGCUUCUCCACUCAGAGUGGGAUCCACAUCGUGCAGGUAUUUUGGACCGGAUGCCGGUUCCUGAAAAAGAGAUUGGAGGAGCUGACAGCCGCGAUCGUCCUGCGCCGGUUGGAGGAGCACCGACCGGUGGCAAAGACCUGCUGGACUUGAAUGACUUGCUGGAUGGACCUGCAGCACCCAGUGCAACUAGCAACGUGGUAUCCACCCCAGCCUAUCCUGCGUCUGGCGGUGGGGGCGAUUUGCUGGAUUUGUUGGAUGGAGGUCCUCCUACAGCUCCCGCUCCCACCAUGGGCGGGGAUGGGCUGCUAGACAUGCUUGGCGUGCCUCCAGCCCCAGCUGCAUCUCAAGAUGCACCGCCUAUGGUUGCCUUUGAGAAGAAUGGUCUCAAGAUCACCUUCUUUCCGCGAAAAGAUGCGGAUGGCUCCACCACCGUGCUGGCGAAGUUUGCUAACAAUCUGAAUGUGCCAAUGACAAAUUUUGUUUUUGAAGCAGCAGUGCCAAAAUAUAUCACCCUCACCAUGCAGCCAGCGACAGGACAGGUUCUACCGCCCCAGACAGACUUGGUGACCCAAACCAUGAGAUGUGUGAACUCCACGCACGGAGAGAAGGGCUUGCUGAUGAAACUGCGGAUCGGCUAUGUGUGCAAUGGCACGCCUGUGCAAGAGAUGGGUCAAAUUGGCGGCUUUCCUCUUGGAUACUGAUUGAAUAGACCCCAUAGUGACAGAUUGUGCUGAG